CUCAACUAAAGUCAGCACACACACUCUCUCCUCUGCCAGACGCACCGAGAGACGGUGGUGUGUAAGCAGGGGUCGUGCGUAUUUACGCUCAGUGUGUGCAUGAGAGUUGGAGAGUCCGCGGCUCACUAACAAAUGCCCCGCUUGUCUGAGAGCGGGACCGGCAGUGGAUGAUAAGCCUUCAGGGAGAAGGAAGAACCGCCUUAGAGCUCGAUCUUUUGGCUUUUAUUUGACUGCUUCUUCACGCGCUCUCCCGACUGGCGUUAACGCGUAACUGAGAAGGUAAACAAACUAGUUGAUUAAGAAGAAGGGUCCUAUUCAGGCCAAGCGGCUCCAGAGUUUGAUCGUAUUUUUAGCAUCCCUCGUUUCCCCUUCUCCCCGUCCCUUCUGAGUGCGGAGUGGCAGAGGAGGGACGGGAGAACCGGGCGGACGGACUGUGAAGUUGCGCGCCUCCCCGGUGGAUGAUCCACUGGAUGCUGCGAUGGAUUAACAGCCUUCUCCGGACCCUGCCGCUGCUUCUUUUUCACGGCCGACCCCCUGUCCACCUCGGGAUUAUUUCAGCUCUCACCGACCUCCCCUCCCUCCCUCUCGAGAUGACCGAGGAAUAUGUUUUGCGAUGCGUCCUGAUGCUCUGCGGUGCACUCCUCUCGGCCAACGCGAGUAACUGGCUGUACCUGGCCAAGCUGUCAUCAGUGGGAAGCAUCAGGGAUGAGGAGACAUGCGAGAGGUUACGAGGCCUCAUCCAGAGACAGGAAGGUACCACAGUUGAUUUGAUGAAUAAUGAAAGAAUAAAUACUGGUUCAAAUCUGUAAGCGCAGUGUGGAGGUGAUGGAUGCGGUGCGUCGUGGAGCCCAGCUGGCUAUAGACGAGUGUCAGUUCCAGUUUCGCAACCGUCGAUGGAACUGCUCCACUCUGGAGACGAUGCCUGUGUUUGGCAAAGUGGUCACCCAGGGCACUCGUGAGGCAGCCUUUGUGUAUGCCAUCUCAGCAGCCAGUGUGGCGUUUGCGGUCACAAGGGCCUGCAGCAGUGGAGAGCUGGAAAAAUGUGGCUGUGACCACAAUGUACAUGGAGUCAGUCCAGAGGGGUUCCAGUGGUCGGGCUGCAGUGAUAACAUUGCAUAUGGAGUGGCCUUUUCUCAGUCCUUUGUGGAUGUGAGGGAGAGGAGUAAAGGCCAGUCGUCCAGUCGGGCUCUCAUGAACCUGCAUAACAAUGAGGCUGGCCGGAAGGCCAUCCUGUCCCACAUGCGUGUGGAGUGCAAAUGUCAUGGUGUGUCAGGCUCCUGUGAGGUAAAGACCUGCUGGAAAGCCAUGCCACCCUUCCGCAAGGUUGGCAACAUCAUCAAGGAGAAGUUUGACGGUGCCACAGAGGUGGAGCAGCACAAGGUGGGCACCACCAAAGUCCUGGUGCCUCGAAACUCCCAGUUCAAACCUCACACAGACGAAGAUCUGGUCUACCUUGACCCCAGUCCAGAUUUCUGUGACUAUGACCCGCGCACGCCGGGUAUGCUGGGCACGGUGGGCCGCCAGUGUAACAGAACCUCAAAGGCCAUCGAAGGCUGUGAGCUGAUGUGCUGUGGCCGUGGCUUCCAGACACAGGAGGUGGAGGUGGUGGACAGGUGCAGCUGUAAGUUCCACUGGUGCUGUUAUGUCAAAUGCAAACAGUGCCGCAAAAUGGUGGAGAUGCACACGUGCCGGUGAUGGAAGUGGAGGGCACAGAGGGCACUGCUGAUGAACAAAACAAACGCUCCACACUCCUGCUCAAUUACCAAGGCCAGAGGGAGAAAGGAGGAUUUAUAAAGCUCCCUCUUCUCCUGCUUGAAACCACCCCACCCUCCAACUACUGGUCAAUGGAAACAGACUGAGUGGCUGAGAGGUCAAAUGUCAUCCUUUUCAUUUUAUGCCACCAUAAUGGAUAUCAGUAGAUUAUGCAUGGGAUUUCCUACAAAGCUACAGAGAUAGGUUGUUUCUUCUCAAGUAGAGAGUAUCUUUCACUUUGUCUCACUCCCUCAUUCUCAUAUUUGCUUUGUCGUUGAUGCUUCUUCUUUUUGUAAUGUUUAACUUAUUUGUUGAGACUGAGGAUAUUGACGGGGGUGGACCUAGAAAGAGGGGACAGAUGAGUGAAGGUAAUAAGGGACAAACUGGACCCAUGGGUGGACAGAUGGGUGGGUGGGGUCAAGAGGAGGGUUGUUUGCCCUCUGUCCUUGCGGCUGCUUCUUCGGGGGCUCACUUGGAGUGCUGGAUGUCAAAAAGGGAGACGCCAAGUCUGUCAGAGGACUGACAUGAACAACAAAAAGGAACGCGUCACAGACAGACUUUCUGUGAUUUGCUUCCUGUGUACGUGGCUGUCAUGUGCUGAGGUUCAGUUGCUGUUAAGUCAUUUAUUUUGCCCCCUGCAAUGCGCUGAUGCUGCUCCACUCACACACACUCACUCUCUUUCUGUCAGAGGGAGAAUGAUGAUGGACAGGUGAAAGCCACUGUCAGUUCCUUCCCGUCUUUUCUGUGGAUCUGUAGCACUGGCAGGUGAUGGGCAUGAGACACAAAAAACACACACAUACCCAGCAAACAUUGAUCCAGAACAACACCUGUAUUCAUCCUCAGCUGUUACCUGCAAUGGAAAAUCAGAAACCUUAGAUCAAAACAGUUUCCAGAUCAGAUUUAAAAUGAUUUGUUACCAUUUCAGAACAUCACAUUAUGAAAAUAGUGUGUGCUCAUUUCAAUUGAUGUUGAUCUUAGCCUCACGUCGCCAUCUGCUAUGCUAAUUGGCUCAAUGCAAACACAUGUAAACAUGCAGAGACCAGCAUGCACCAGUAAACACAAACAAUGCAACACAAAGGGGUCUGCCAGAGGGUUGCCGAGCAUGUUCACCAUGCAUGAUGACUGAAGCACUUUCUCUCCAAGCGCACAUAGAGCCCUCGCCCCACAGCAAUAAACAUCUGACCACAUAUUAAAUUUUCCCCGUUCUCUCACACACACACACACACACACACACACACACACACACACACAGAUUGACAGUUUCCCAUGCCACUGUCAGGACUCUAUUGUCUUGUACCACCUUUCCUGUAAGGUUUCCUAUAAUAACGUGCUAUCAUUAUAGAGACAUACUGUAGACCUGUAAAGACUUAUACACUGAAGAAGACUAUACUGCCUAUGAAUGUAUGUUAAUACAGAAUAUAUGCUUUGUCAAAAAUUACUGUUGUCACUUCUUUUAAAAGAAGCUACGUGUGUGUGUGUUUGUGUAUGUGUGAGAGAGAGAGAAUGCCACAAAAACAAUGUUUCCCAGAAUGAAAAGAAUAAACAUGGGAGGAUAGAAAGAUGGAAAGUGAAAGGGAGCAGAUCCUAUUCCACCACUGAGCCCUGAGACAUACACACACACACACACAGCCCUGCUGACAGACAUUCACAUAUUUCAAUAAAAUCAUCCAUUUCCCUUG